ACACCAAUAAAAACGCUUCUUAAAUAAGAAAAUCGGUUUAAGUAUAUCUAAUUUAAUAUUAGCUGCAAAAAUCGUAUAGAACAAUCACAUUUACUGCUACCGAAGCGAAAGGAUAACGCUGCAUAGAGCUUCAUUGACGGAUUCUCAUUUUAAAUAAUCAACAUUACUUUAAUUCCUCAUUGCGUUAGUUAAUAAAAACAAAUCGCCUAGCAUCGAUUAAAGUAUUGUGACUGCCGGCGGGCGCUUCUCGAAGAUGGCGCCUCGGAUAUAGUUGUUAAUGUAUAUGUAGCAGGCGACAUCCAUGUGCCUCAUUUUUGGUGUUGACAAAUUUAGGCCUUGGAAAUCUGAGGCUCUCAUCGUUGGCCGCAUAGACAAUGACAGAAGAUUCCGACUCGAUAUCUGAGGAAGAACGCAGUUUGUUCCGUCCCUUCACCCGCGAAUCAUUGGUGCAAAUAGAACAACGUAUUGCUGCAGAACAUGAAAAACAAAAGGAGCUGGAAAGAAAGAGAGCCGAGGGAGAGGUGCCGCAAUAUGGUCGCAAGAAAAAGCAAAAAGAAAUCCGAUAUGAUGACGAGGACGAGGAUGAAGGUCCACAACCGGAUCCUACACUUGAACAGGGUGUGCCCAUACCUGUUCGACUGCAGGGCAGCUUCCCGCCGGAACUGGCCUCCACUCCUCUCGAGGAUAUUGAUCCAUUCUACAGUAAUAUACUGACGUUUGUAGUAAUAAGUAAAGGAAAAGAUAUUUUUCGCUUUUCUGCAUCAAAAGCAAUGUGGUUGCUCGAUCCAUUUAAUCCCAUACGUCGUGUAGCCAUUUACAUUUUAGUUCAUCCGUUAUUUUCGUUAUUCAUCAUCACCACAAUUCUUGUUAACUGUAUUCUGAUGAUAAUGCCGACAACGCCCACAGUUGAAUCCACUGAGGUGAUAUUCACCGGAAUCUACACAUUUGAAUCAGCUGUUAAAGUGAUGGCACGAGGUUUCAUUUUAUGCCCGUUUACGUAUCUUAGAGAUGCAUGGAAUUGGCUGGACUUCGUAGUAAUAGCUUUAGCUUAUGUGACCAUGGGUAUAGAUUUAGGUAAUCUCGCUGCCUUGAGAACAUUUAGGGUACUGCGAGCUCUAAAAACCGUAGCCAUUGUGCCAGGCUUAAAAACCAUUGUCGGUGCUGUCAUUGAAUCCGUAAAAAAUCUGCGCGAUGUGAUAAUUUUAACAAUGUUCUCGCUUUCUGUGUUCGCUCUAAUGGGACUGCAAAUCUACAUGGGUGUUCUGACACAAAAGUGCAUUAAAAAAUUUCCACUCGAUGGGUCGUGGGGAAAUUUAACAGAUGAAAAUUGGGACUACCACAACAAAAAUAGCAGUAAUUGGUAUUCGGAGGAUGAUGGUAUUUCAUUUCCUCUGUGUGGUAAUAUCUCUGGUGCAGGACAAUGUGAUGACGAUUAUGUCUGCCUACAAGGUUUUGGACCAAAUCCUAAUUACGGGUAUACGAGUUUCGACUCGUUCGGCUGGGCUUUCCUCUCGGCUUUUCGUCUAAUGACUCAGGAUUUCUGGGAGGACUUAUAUCAAUUAGUCCUAAGAGCGGCUGGCCCAUGGCAUAUGCUGUUCUUUAUAGUCAUCAUCUUCCUAGGUUCAUUCUAUCUUGUGAAUUUGAUUUUGGCCAUUGUUGCCAUGUCUUAUGACGAAUUGCAAAAGAAGGCCGAAGAAGAAGAGGCUGCCGAAGAGGAAGCAAUUCGCGAAGCAGAAGAAGCGGCGGCGGCGAAAGCUGCCAAGUUAGAGGAACGUGCUAAUGCGGCGGCACAAGCAGCGGCCGAUGCAGCGGAAGCAGCCGAAGCGGCCUUACAUCCAGAACUAGCAAAGAGUCCAACCUAUUCGUGUAUUAGUUAUGAACUCUUUGUAGGCGGUGAGAAGGGCAAUGAUGACAACAAUAAGGAGAAAAUGUCGAUACGCAGUGUCGAAGUGGAGUCGGAGUCGGUGAGCGUUAUACAAAGACAACCAGCACCUACUUCAGCACCCGCUACCAAAGUUCGUAAAGUUAGCACGACAUCCUUAUCCUUACCUGGUUCACCGUUUAACAUACGCAGGGGAUCACGUAGUUCACAUAAGCAACUACUAACAAAAAAUUCAAACAAAAAACCACCUCAGUAUACAAUACGGAAUGGGCGAGGACGUUUUGGCAUACCAGGAAGCGAUCGAAAGCCGCUCGUACUGUCAACAUAUCAAGAUGCACAACAGCAUUUGCCUUAUGCAGAUGACUCCAAUGCGGUAACACCGAUGUCUGAGGAAAAUGGUGCUAUUAUUGUGCCAGUUUAUUAUGGCAAUUUAGGUUCUAGACAUUCAUCUUAUACCUCGCAUCAGUCAAGAAUAUCGUAUACAUCGCAUAAUGAUUUGCUUGGUGGUAUGGCAGCCUUGGGUGCCAGUACGAUGACCAAAGAAAGUAAAUUAAGAAAUCGAAAUACGCGACAUCAAUCGGGUGCUGCCUCGAAUGGUACAAAUUAUAUGGAUAAUAAUCAUAAGGAACAACAUCGAGAUUACGAAUUGGGCCUUGAAUGUACUGAUGAUGCCGGAAAAAUAAAACACCACGACAAUCCUUUUAUCGAGCCCGUCCAAACGCAAACGGUGGUCGACAUGAAAGAUGUGAUGGUCUUAAACGACAUAAUAGAGCAAGCCGCUGGUCGGCAUAGUCGCGCUAGUGACCGAGGCGAAGAUGACGACGAGGAUGGUCCCACGUUUAAAGAUAAGGCACUUGAAGCAACGAUGAAAGCCAUUGAUAUAUUUUGUGUGUGGGACUGUUGUUGGGUUUGGUUAAAAUUUCAGGAAUGGGUAUCGUUCAUUGUCUUCGAUCCAUUCGUGGAACUUUUCAUCACGCUCUGUAUUGUUGUGAAUACUAUGUUUAUGGCGAUGGAUCAUCAUAACAUGAAUCCAGAUAUGGAAAAGAUACUUAAAAGUGGUAAUUAUUUUUUCACAGCGACUUUUGCUAUUGAAGCAACUAUGAAACUAAUGGCGAUGAGUCCGAAAUACUACUUUCAAGAAGGCUGGAAUAUAUUCGAUUUCAUAAUUGUAGCGCUAUCAUUACUGGAGCUCGGCUUAGAAGGCGUACAGGGUCUAUCUGUGUUACGUUCAUUUCGUUUGCUAAGAGUUUUCAAAUUGGCAAAAUCAUGGCCAACACUAAAUUUACUCAUUUCAAUUAUGGGCCGCACAAUGGGUGCAUUGGGUAAUCUAACAUUUGUACUUUGCAUUAUCAUCUUCAUCUUUGCUGUGAUGGGAAUGCAACUGUUCGGAAAGAAUUACCAUGAUCAUAAAGAUAUGUUCCCAGACGGCGAUUUGCCACGUUGGAAUUUUACAGACUUCAUGCACUCUUUUAUGAUUGUAUUUCGUGUGUUGUGCGGAGAGUGGAUCGAAUCUAUGUGGGAUUGCAUGUAUGUUGGUGACGUCUCAUGCAUUCCAUUUUUCUUAGCAACAGUUGUGAUCGGAAAUCUUGUCGUACUUAAUCUUUUCUUAGCCUUGCUCUUGUCAAAUUUUGGCUCAUCCAGUUUAUCAGCACCAACUGCCGACAACGAUACCAAUAAAAUUGCUGAAGCCUUCAAUCGUAUUGGUCGCUUUAAGAAUUGGGUUAAACGUAAUAUAGCCGAUUGUUUCAAAUUAAUACGUAAUAAAUUGACAAAUCAAAUAAGUGAUCAACCAUCAGGCAAGGGGGUUUGUCGUUGUAUAUCUGCAGAGCGUGGAGACAACGAGCUUGAUUUGGGACAUGAUGAGAUACUUGCCGAUGGUCUGAUAAAGAAAGGCAUGAAAGAGCAGAAUCAAUUGGAAGUAGCCAUUGGUGAUGGUAUGGAGUUUACGAUACACGGUGAUCUUAGGAAUAACAAAUCAAAAAAAUCAAAAUAUUUAAAUAACGCAACGAUGAUUGGCAACUCAAUUAACCACCAAGACAAUAGACUGGAACACGAGCUAAACCAUAGAGGUUUGUCCUUACAGGACGACGACACUGCCAGCAUUAACUCAUAUGGUAGCCAUAAGAAUCGACCAUUUAAAGACGAAAGCCACAAAGGCAGCGCUGAAACUAUGGAGGGCGAAGAAAAACGUGAUGCCAGCAAAGAGGACCUUGGCCUUGAUGAAGAGCUCGAUGAGGAGGGCGAAUGCGAAGAGGGCCCACUCGAUGGUGAUAUCAUUAUACAUGCACAUGAAGAAGAUGUCAUUGACGAAUACCCAGCGGACUGCUUUCCCGAUUCAUAUUACAAGAAAUUCCCAAUCUUAGCAGGCGACGAAGACUCGCCAUUCUGGCAGGGAUGGGGCAAUUUACGACUGAAAACUUUUCAAUUAAUUGAAAAUAAAUAUUUUGAAACAGCUGUUAUCACUAUGAUUUUAAUGAGUAGCUUAGCUUUGGCCUUAGAAGAUGUCCACCUACCACACAGACCUAUACUGCAAGAUAUACUUUAUUAUAUGGACAGAAUAUUUACAGUUAUAUUUUUCUUAGAAAUGUUAAUUAAAUGGUUAGCAUUGGGUUUUAAGAUCUACUUUACAAAUGCAUGGUGUUGGCUUGAUUUCGUGAUCGUUAUGGUGUCGCUUAUCAACUUCGUUGCUUCACUUGUUGGAGCUGGUGGUAUUCAAGCCUUCAAGACUAUGCGAACGUUAAGAGCACUGAGACCACUACGUGCCAUGUCCCGUAUGCAGGGCAUGAGGGUCGUCGUAAAUGCGCUGGUUCAAGCUAUACCGUCCAUCUUUAAUGUGCUAUUGGUGUGUCUGAUAUUUUGGCUUAUUUUUGCCAUAAUGGGUGUACAGCUUUUUGCUGGAAAAUAUUUUAAG